UCUACCUUGCUGGCGCAUCGAGUGUGGACUGUGGAGGUGGGCAGUUUAACCGGAGAAAAUAAAAUAACUCCGCAAUCAAUCAAACCUCACACACCGGGAUCUGCAGACUCAGCGGUACGGGGACGGACAGCACAGUGCCGGCAGCAGAAGGAGCGCUGCACCAUGGAAACGGAUCUGUAUGACGAGUUUGGGAACUACAUCGGGCCGGAGCUGGACUCGGACGAGGAGGAUGACCUGGACCGGGACGCCCGUGACGCAGAUGAGGAGGAUGAGGAUGAUGAGGAGGAGCCAGCUGAUCAGGAUGAGGAGCACCCUGGGAUGGAGGUGGUGCUGCACGAGGAUAAGAAGUACUACCCCACUGCGGAGGAGGUGUACGGGCCAGAGGUGGAGACCAUAGUCCAGGAGGAGGACACCCAGCCUCUCACAGAGCCCAUCAUCAAACCAGUCAAGACAAAGAAGUUUACAUUAAUGGAGCAGGAGCUGCCCAGCACUGUCUACGACAUGGAGUUUCUGGCUGAUCUGAUGGACAGUCCUGAGCUGAUCAGGAACGUCACCCUCUGUGGACACCUGCACCACGGCAAGACGUGCUUUGUGGAUUGCCUGAUCGAGCAGACCCACCCUGAGAUCAGGAAAAGGGACGACCAGGAUCUCCGCUACACUGACAUUCUCUUCACAGAGCAGGAGAGGGGGGUUGGGAUCAAGAGCACCCCAGUGACCAUGGUGCUGCCGGACUCCAGAGACAAGUCCUACCUGUUCAACAUCAUGGACACGCCAGGUCAUGUUAACUUCUCUGAUGAGGUGACCUCUGGCAUCAGGAUCUCCGAUGGCAUCGUGCUCUUUAUUGAUGCGGCUGAGGGGGUGAUGCUGAACACGGAGCGGCUGAUUAAGCACGCUGUGCAGGAGCAUCUGGCCGUCACCAUCUGCAUCAACAAGAUCGACCGGCUCAUGGUGGAGCUGAAGCUGCCGCCCACCGACGCCUACUACAAACUGCGGCACAUCGUGGACGAGGUCAACAGCCUGCUCAGCAUGUACUCCACGGAUGAGAACCUGAUCGUGUCUCCCUUGCUGGGGAACGUGUGCUUCUCCAGCUCCCAGUACAGCAUCUGCUUCACGCUGGGCUCCUUCGCCAAGAUCUACUCCGAUACCUAUGGUGAUAUCAGCUACAAUGAGUUUGCGAAGAGGCUCUGGGGAGACAUCUACUUCAACCCCAAAACGAGAAAGUUCACCAAAAAGGCUCCAAACAGCAGCUCCCAGCGCAGUUUCGUGGAGUUUGUCCUGGAGCCUCUGUACAAGAUCCUGGCCCAGGUGGUGGGUGAUGUUGAUACCUCCCUCCCUCGGGUGCUGGAUGAGCUGGGGAUCCACCUGACCAAGGAGGAACUCAAACUGAACAUCCGCCCGCUGCUGCGCCUCGUCUGCAAGAAGUUCUUCGGGGAGUUCACAGGUUUUGUGGACAUGUGUGUGCAACAUAUCCCUUCUCCUCAAGAUGGCGCUAGGAAUAAGAUUGAGCACUCGUACAAUGGGGGCCUGGACUCUGAUUUGGGGGAGGCCAUGGCAGAGUGCGACCCUGACGGCCCGCUGAUGUGCCACACCACUAAGAUGUACAGCACGGAGGACGGGGUGCAGUUCCAUGCCUUCGGGAGGGUCCUGAGUGGCACUAUCCAUGCGGGGCAGCCUGUCAAGGUGCUGGGGGAGAACUACACCCUGGAGGACGAGGAGGACUCCCAGAUCUGCACCAUUGGCCGCCUCUGGAUCUCCGUGGCCAGGUACCAGAUUGAAGUGAACAGAGUGCCUGCUGGCAACUGGGUGCUGAUAGAGGGGUGCGACCAGCCCAUCGUCAAGACUGCCACCAUUACAGAGCCGCGGGGCAACGAGGAGGCUCAGAUCUUUAGGCCCCUGAAGUUCAACACUGCCUCUGUGAUUAAGAUCGCUGUGGAGCCUGUCAACCCCUCUGAGCUGCCCAAGAUGCUGGACGGCCUGAGGAAGGUCAACAAGAGCUACCCCUCCCUCACCACUAAGGUGGAGGAAUCGGGGGAGCAUGUGAUCCUGGGCACUGGGGAGCUCUACCUGGACUGUGUGAUGCACGACCUCCGCAAGAUGUACUCUGAGAUCGACAUCAAGGUGGCGGACCCGGUGGUGACGUUCUGUGAGACAGUGGUAGAGACAUCCUCCCUUAAGUGUUUCGCUGAGACCCCCAACAAGAAAAACAAGAUCACCAUGAUUGCAGAGCCUCUGGAGAAAGGGCUAGCUGAGGACAUCGAGAACGAAGUGGUCCAGAUCACAUGGAACAGGAAGAAGCUUGGAGAAUUCUUCCAGACGAAGUACGACUGGGAUCUGCUGGCGGCUCGUUCAAUCUGGGCAUUCGGGCCUGACACCACGGGUCCCAAUAUUCUGGUCGAUGACACACUACCUUCAGAGGUGGACAAGGCUCUGCUGGGCUCCGUGAAGGACAGCAUCGUGCAGGGCUUCCAGUGGGGAACCAGGGAGGGGCCGCUGUGUGAUGAGCCGAUCCGCAAUGUGAAGUUUAAGAUUCUGGACGCAGUGAUCGCUCAGGAGCCGCUGCACAGAGGAGGAGGACAGGUCAUCCCCACGGCCCGCAGAGUGGUGUACUCCGCUUUCCUCAUGGCCACCCCUCGUCUGAUGGAGCCCUACUACUUUGUGGAGGUCCAGGCUCCAGCUGACUGUGUCUCUGCUGUCUACACCGUGCUGGCUCGCAGGAGAGGUCAUGUGACCCAGGAUGCCCCCAUCCCUGGCUCCCCUCUCUACACCAUCAAGGCCUUCAUCCCAGCCAUCGACUCGUUCGGCUUCGAGACAGACCUGCGCACUCACACCCAGGGACAGGCCUUCUCCCUGUCUGUGUUCCACCACUGGCAGAUUGUGCCAGGUGACCCCCUGGAUAAGAGCAUCGUGAUCCGUCCUCUGGAGCCACAGCCGGCCCCUCACCUGGCCAGAGAGUUCAUGAUCAAGACUCGCCGACGCAAGGGUCUCAGCGAGGACGUCAGCAUCAGCAAGUUCUUCGAUGAUCCCAUGUUGUUGGAGCUGGCAAAGCAGGACGUGGUACUCAACUAUCCCAUGUAGUUGGGGGGCCUGGGAGCCAGAACCCCCAGCAGGGAAACUCUUCACUGGAGGGAGGGUCUGCUAACUGAAGCAUUCAAACCAAGAACAGCCGUAUCCUGGGAUACCUCGACGCCUGGGCACAAGCCUCCCUGCAGCUUUUGGGCUGUAUUUUUACAGUCCUGAUCCUAUUGACUCCAAUGUUAAUAGGCCUUCAACAUUAAGGCUGCCCCACUAUUUUUUUCAAGUUUUUGAAACAACAUCCCAAGUUCCCAUUACAUGAUUAGUAGGUGUAGUACUGGCUGACAUGCACCAGGUGGUACAUGGACAAAAAGAAGCUCUCUGAACACAGCUUAGUAUAGUCUCAGCUGCAUGGUGUUUCAUCCCAGCGGUUUCAGAUGUUGAUUUCACACUGCUGAGAAAUCUCUGCUCUCUGCAUGUUUCCUUCCCUGUGCUCUUCCCAGUUUCACGCCGCACUGGAGCAAAUCUUCGGAAAGAUCCAAUAGUUGGUACACAGAAGCAGAACUGACAAAGAAAAUAAAUAUCCUGCCACAAGGCGCAGAGAAAGUCUGGUAAUGUCUUGUUUAGGAGACAGACGUACACAGGUUAGGAUGAGCCCAGUUUGUAGGACAGGAACAUUGGAAACCGAGCUCAGCAGAUGUUUUUGUAUUUUUUUAUAUGACAUGAAUUUUUAAAUUCAUACAAUAAGACUUUGCCUGAAUUUCCAAAUAAAAACCGUCUGUUUGCCA